UCUAGUAAAUAAAUUAUGUUAUCUAGGACACAAUCGUAAACUUCUGGUUUGGUUCCCAGUUCAAGGCCAUGUAUCUGCCCUGGGUCCUGUUUGGCUUUAAUAUGAUUAUUUCAGGUGGUGGAGUGAUGGAGUUGGUUGGUAUUCUGAUUGGACAUAUGUAUUUCUUCCUCAUGUUCAAGUACCCUCAGGAUUUUGGUGGACCAUCUCUGCUCUCUACACCUUCCUUUCUCUACCAGUAUUUCCCCAACAGGCGGGGAGGUGUUUCAGGAUAUGGACAGGCUCCAGUCAGUAGUGCUGGUGGCGGUGGAGGGGCAGGAGGCGGCGGGUUCGGUGGGGGACACCAGUGGGGGCAGGGGCAUAGGCUCAAUUAGAUAUCAACAAAUUUAUCGGAAAUUCCGCAAGAUUGAAUCAAAAAUCUGCAAGAUUAAAUCGAAAAUCUGCAAGAUUAAAUCGGAAGCUCCACAAGAUAGGAUUGGAUAAUCCGUAAAAUUGACUGCUGCACUAAAUGUGAUAAUAUAAUCAUGUAAUUUUUUUGUAAUUCCACAUAUUUAUGGAUUUAUUGUCACCCUCAAUUAUUGUUACAAAUCCAGUUUUUGAGUUUUGAGUAUAUUAAAUCAAAAAAUUUCUUCAUUCAUAUUCUAAGGCUUUUUUAAAUUAUCCACUUGGAUUAGUUUCAUGCUUCAUUUAUUUUUAAUUUUGUUUAACUUAGCAUCAAGUGUUUUUUGAGGAGGAUUUGUAAUUAAUUGAAAAAUAAUAUAAAUAUUUCAAGUUCUUUAUUAUAUAAAUUGUAAGAAAAUUUUGAAAGUUUUCCAAAAAUGGGUUUGGGAAUAAUUCUAAUAUUUGAAUCAUGCAGAUUUUAAUGAUUAGCUUAAUUUUAUGUGACGUAAAAUAAUCAAAGCUUAAUUGUAAAUUAGGUAAAUUUGAAGAUUUUCAAGAAUCCCUAGAAAAAAAUAUAUUAAAAGUUCUGCGCUAAUAAGAUAGAUUAAAGACCUAACGAAGAGUAGUUUAUAUAACGGGAAAAAAUUUAAAUGCAAUGUUUUAUGUUAUAAAAUUCGUAUUUCAAUGAUAUUUAAUGUUUCUUGUGAUGAUGUGACGUGUUUAUGUUUCAGA